UAUAUCACUGUCUCCUCCUCCCGGAUUUUAAUCACCACCAGCAUUGCCAAUUUGUUCUCUCUAAAUUCUCCAUCUCAGUUAGAAAAUUAGGACGAGGCAGAAACAGAAACUCCUUCCUUUUGUUUAUAACCAAAGACCCCCAAAACCUGUUGGUUCGUUUUGACCAUGGAUUUAUCUACCAUGGGAGACACCACUCUGAGCUUUUAAGGUUUAUUUGAAGAUUUUAAUGAAAUCGGUAAAAUGAGAAAGCCACUCAAGGAGGAGUGUUUUUCACCAAUGGUUUUAUCAGCUCCAACAGUGGCAAGCAGUGAAGUGGUGCUUUCCCCCACUGUAAGGUGGUAUGGAACUUUGGAUGUAUCACACUUGAUGUGCGGCACUAAAGAAAGCAAGAAACUGCAGCAUCCAUCUGCCUUGGCCAUGUUUGAGCAAAUCAUUGGAGCUUCCCAAGGCAAGCAAAUAGUCAUGUUUCUUGACUACGAUGGCACUCUUUCGCCCAUAGUCGAAGACCCAGAUCGAGCUUUCAUGUCUGAUUCUAUGAGGAAGACGGUGAAAAAUCUUGCUAGUGAGUGGAAGAUGCAGAGACAAGGUUUGAGGAUUUUAAUGAAAUCGGUAGAAUGAGAAAGCCACUCAAGGAGGGUUGUUUUCAGUAAUGGUUUCAUCACCUCCUACCUCCUAGAGUGGGGAUAGGAAUAAUCGAGCUAUUGGACAAAUUGGUAGCCUCUGUUUUUGCCUUUUGUUCCCCACUCUUCGGCCAGAUCCAGAAGCUCCUCCAAGACCAUGCCCGAAACCUCGGCCCAAAUUAACCCACUUCGACCUCCUCCUUCACCUGGCAACGGUCAGAUCAGGCCCAGUUCCUCCACCUCAGUGCCCAAUACCUUGGCCUCCGCCUCGGCCCCGGCCAAGACCAGAUUGGCCCUUUCCCUGCCCGGGACGAAGAUGCUUCGCCACUUUCAUCUUGGGAGACUUUGUCACCAUUUUCAUGUUAUUGGGUCCGGCCAUUUUAUCUGUUUGGUACCUCUUCCUUCUCUGAGAUCUGAGAUUUAGGUUUUGUAGCUGUAAUGAUACUGCCGACCCUAUAUAUAUUUGUAUUUCCGUCCAAACCCUCAAUCUAUAACGUCCACAUUACCAGAAAACUGUAGAAGUAACAAAACGAGUCAUAACAACAAGUCUAGGCCGACUAGAUAAGACUCCCCAAAACAUGAUCAUUCCUUAAACACAAAAUAUUAAAUCAGGAAAUUCCAGUCCCACCCACACCAGUAAUCUCAUCUUCACUCUAUUAUCCUCCUACAAAUAGGUAAAGCUUCUCUCUAGAUUGAUUUGCCGUAUUCUUGGUUUAUGAAAGAAGCCAAAUACUUGAUGAAGGUCUUGGCCUUGUCAGAAUUGGGAUUGAAGAUAUGGAACACGUACAUGGUCUUCCCCUUGUUUCAAUCAACUCUUUGCUUCCUGCCCAGUUUCUGUUCACCAAUGCGUCAUAAUAAAAGCUAGCCUCCCUCUGUCCCUCAAUAUGUCAUUUGCUUCUCUUUCUGGCUAUGUCGUUUUUCUUGUCUUGCUUUUGAGUCUCUGUUCGUAAAUCAGACAUUGUGGUCUUUGGCAUUUGAUGAAUGCUAACUUUUGUAUUUGGGGUUAAACGAGAGCAAAACUUCAUAUUAUCUUCGACUCUGAAGAGUAAUAACAUUUGAAUUUGGACGUUAUACUAUUAAUACAUGAGUGAUUAUGUUGAACUCGUUAAAAUUAUUUACUGGACUGUAGAUCAUAACCCAAAUUUAAUUUUUCUAGUGUUAAAUUAAUCAAUAGAUGUGGGAAAUAGCUCAGU